AUGAUCGUGAACGAGGAGGGUCCUGUGCCGGUCAGACUGGUGAACGGGAACAACAUGUGCUCCGGGAGAGUCGAGGUGUUGCACAACUCCACUUGGGGAAGUGUGUGUGGGGAUCACUGGGGUACGGAGGAGGCCAAUGUCGUCUGCAGACUGUUGAACUGUGGAGUGGCCACGUCAGCGACAGGGAACGCAAACUUCGGACAGGGGACUGGGCCGGUCUGGCUGUCUGACGUGAGGUGUAAUGGGACAGAGGCCGCCCUCGAUCAGUGCCCGGCAAAGCCGUAUGGAAACAACAACUGUCACCACAGUCAGGACGCCAGCGUUACCUGCUCAGGUCCUGUGCCGAUCAGAUUGACCGAUGGUCUCAACAUGUGCUCCGGGAGAGUCGAGGUGCUCCACAACUCCACUUGGGGAAGCGUGUGUGGGGAUCACUGGGGUACGGAGGAGGCCAAUGUCGUCUGCAGACUGUUGAACUGUGGAGAGGCCACGUCAGCGACAGGGAACGCCACCUUCGGACAGGGGACUGGGCCGGUCUGGCUGUCUGACGUGAGGUGUGAGGGAUCAGAGGCCGCCCUCGAUCAGUGCCCGGCAAAACCGUAUGGAAACAACAACUGUAGCCACAGUCAGGACGCCAGCGUUACCUGCUCAGGUCCUGUGCCGGUCAGACUGGUGAACGGCAACAACAUGUGCUCCGGGAGAGUCGAGGUGUUGCACAACUCCACUUGGGGAAGUGUGUGUGGGGAUCACUGGGGUACGGAGGAGGCCAAUGUCGUCUGCAGACUGUUGAACUGUGGAAAUGGCACGUCAGCCAUAGGGAACGCCACCUUCGGACAGGGGACUGGGCCGGUCUGGCUGUCUGACGUGAGGUGUGAGGGCGCAGAGACUGCCCUCGAUCUGUGCCCGGCAAAACCGUACGGAAAUACUACCUGUGGCCACAGUCAGGACAUUGGCGUUGCCUGCACAGGGCCACAUCCUAUGCGACUGGUGGAUGGAGACACCAUGUGUUCUGGGAGAGUCGAGGUCUUUCACAACUCUGUCUGGGGAAGAGUCUGCGGCGACGACUGGGAUAUAGCGGACGCUCGGGUUGUGUGUCGACAGAUGAGCUGUGGCAACGCCAUGUCAACAGGUGGAGGGUUUUCCCUUGGCCGGGGGAAAGGACAAACCUGGCUGGAUAAGGUCAAGUGCUCUGGGGAUGAGAAGUUCCUGGAUCAAUGCCGAUCUCAGCCAUGGGGACACAGUAACUGUGUGCUGGGUACGGACGCUGCUGUGGUUUGCUCAGGUCCUGUGCCGGUCAGACUUGUGAACGGGAAGAACAGGUGCUCUGGGAGAGUUGAGAUAUUCCACAACUCCACUUGGAAAUCUGUGUGCGGAGAUGUCUGGGAUUCCAAUGCUGCCAGCAUCGUCUGCAGACAGUUGAUGUGUGGGACCAUCCUGUCUAUCUCAACCUUGGCCAAAUUUGGAGAG